CAUUAGUUUUAACUUCCUUCCAAAGGGCAUCUUAUAAACAAGCAGGUAGAACCAAAAUAAAUGUUAAAAAUUCUGUUGGAGUUCAUAUCCUGUAAAGAUGGUUGUGCAUAGCUGCCACAAAGUUAUUUGUGGUUUUUCCUGAACUUUUCCUUCCUUCUGCAGCAAAGUUUUAUUUUCAUUAACUACACACUAUUUUAAAGUAGAAGAUGGUGGCGAAAGAUCAGUCUGUGUCACCUUUGGAUUUUUUUCUUCGUCAAAGCAAUGGCAGUUUUGAUUGUAACAGAGAAUUACCUGGAAUUUGGACUUGAAUCAGGGUUACAAAUUUUUCAGACACUGCGAUGCAGUUUCUUGAAAAGCAAGGUUUAGAAUCUCAAGGUCCUGUUUCAAAACUUACUUUCAAAUUUUUCCUGGCUAUUUUCUGUUCACUCAUUGGGGCUUUUUUGACAUUUCCUGGAUUACGGCUGGCUCAAAUGCAUCUGGAUGCCCUGAAUUUGGCAACAGAAAAAAUUACACAAACAUUACUUCAUAUCAACUUUUUGGCUCCUUUAUUUAUGGUUCUGCUCUGGGUAAAACCGAUCACCAAAGACUACAUUAUGAACCCACCAUUGGGUAAAGAAAGUGUCCCUUUAAUGACAGAAGCUACAUUCGAUACUGUGCGACUCUGGAUUAUUAUCCUGCUGUGUGCUUUGCGGUUGGCCAUGAUACGUAGUCACCUGCAAGCAUAUUUAAACUUAGCCCAGAAGUGUGUGGAUCAGAUGAAGAAAGAAGCAGGGCGAAUAAGUACAGUUGAGCUACAGAAAAUGGUGGCUCGAGUCUUUUAUUACCUUUGUGUCAUUGCCCUGCAGUAUGUGGCACCUCUGGUGAUGCUUCUUCACAUGACUCUGCUCUUGAAAACACUGGGUAAUCAUUCCUGGGGGAUUUAUCCAGAAUCUGUCUCUACCUUGCUGGUGGAUAAUAGUCUACCCUCCAAUUCUGUUUACUCUGAAUUACCAUCUACUGAUGGAAAGAUGAAGGUAACUGUUACCCAAAUAACAGUGGCACUGAGCAGCUUAAAAAACAUAUUCACUCCUCUCCUUUUUCGAGGACUUCUUCAUUUUUGACAUGGUGGAUUGCUGCUUGCCUGUUUUCUACAAGCCUUUUUGGGCUUUUCUAUCACCAGUAUCUGACUGUGGCAUGAAUAUCAGUCAACAAAGU